CUCAGCCCAUUAUAAAACCCUGUGGUCGCACGCAGGCGUGCCAAAUAGGCUGUCAGAUGCGGUUCGGAGUAACAAGUGGAUUUGACGUUUGAAUUUGACUAAUUUUCGUCCUUGGAAACUCUCGUGCACCGUUCUGGAGCAGAACCAUGGACUCAGAUACGAGCCGCGUGUCGAGCAGACCGUCUUCUCCCGAGGUUGAUGACAUCUUCCUGUCCACCCUGAAGAAGUCUGUGCACGGCUUCUCCGGUGCCGUGUCCUCUACGCAGAGCGACUCUCCGUCAGAUAUCCACUGCAUGCGUGGCCUCUCCGCCGCCGACGAGGAGUCCCUCACACUCCGACUGGCCAAGAAAGACCGCAAACUCUUGUCAGAGGGCGAGCUGCAGUCCAUUCGCCUCAAGAUCAACAGCCGCGAGAGGAAAAGGAUGCACGACCUGAACGUAGCCAUGGACGGGCUCCGGGAGGUCAUGCCCUAUGCGCACGGACCGUCGGUGCGCAAACUCUCCAAAAUCGCCACGCUGCUGCUUGCUAGAAACUACAUUCUGAUGCUGAGCAACUCACUGGAGGAGAUGAAGCGUCUGGUGAGCGAAAUCUACGGCACCGGUGGACACCACGGCGGCUUCCACCCCUCAGCCUGUGGGACUAUGACACACGCGGGGCCCGUACCGGGACACCCGGCGGCUCCCCAUGCGUCACACCCGGCGGUGCACCACCCACUCCUCCCGCCCGCGGCCGUCUCCACCGCCUCUUUGUCUGCGCCCGCCAUCGCUGCGGUCACCUCGGUCAGACCGCAUCACGGACUCCUCAAAGCGCCCGCUGCAGGUGCCGGGCCACUAGGCAGCAGCUUCCAGCACUGGGGCGUCGGCACCGGGAUGCCGUGUCCAUGCAGCAUGUGCCAAGUUCCGCCUCCACAUGUGUCCAACAUGAGCACAGUUACCAUGCCGAGGCUGGCCAGCGACUCCAAGUGACUCCAAACUCAGUGGAGACGAACUUUUGAGGUCACACACCCCCUCCACAAAUUAUUAAGCUUUUGCAUUUAUCUUUGUUGCUUAAUUCGUUGCACCGACGGAGCCAGUAAAGAUCAAUGAACCAACUGAUUUUCCUCACUUGGAGUUUGAGGUUUUGCAACUAACUUUAUGUGUUUUAUGGUAAUUAACUUAAAUUGUAAGAGGUGUUUCUCUGAGCCCCAAAAGCACAACAAAGCUUCAGCUUGUUACUGGAACUAUUUGAUGGCCCAGGCAUCUGUGUGUCUUAUUUAAAGAUGUAAUAAAAUCUGGUGAUUGGUUGCUUCUCCGCUCUGCGGGCCUGCAGUGCGAAAAUGUUCCAAAUCAAAUCACAAGUGUAAAUAUGUAGAUGGAUUUUUCUGUUCAAAUAUCGGGAGACAUUGUAUAUAUUAGAGCCUUGUUAAUGCCCGCUAUCCGUUGUCUUCAGUGCUUCCCUUCUUAUUUUCUCUGUAGUAGGCUGUUAUUCUCUGUCCCACGCGAACGAUGACCAUUUCUUUAUUUUUUUAAUAAACAAACUGAAGUUGA